CUAGCCGCUCUUUCCUCCAGUAGCUCCAUUCUCGUGAUAGGUUGGAAGAGGGGGCGUGACAUGAGGGUAGAACACUGAUGUGCUUCCGGCUCGAUUACACCGAUAAGCCGCGAGAGAGCAUUCUUAUCAUAAUUGUAUUCUGUGGCGAAUUGAUCCCGCACGCACACAUUUUUUCCACAAGCAAAAGUCCUUUAAAUAUCGACAGCGUUCUCUGCUCACCAGUUCCAUGUCAAAAAUGCAGGACAAAUACUUCCCAGAUGUGGUUGGCUCGGACGGAAGGGAUUUCGGCAAAGCCGUCUGUAUCAUAACAGGAGCGUCCAAGGGAUUCGGGCGGUGUAUAGCCAAAGAAAUCGCCUUGUUGCUCAAACCGGGAUCGAUGUUCUUUUUGGUUGCUCGGUCUGGUGACAAGCUGCGAGAGCUCCAGGCCGAACUAGCUGCCACUCGUGCAGGCAAAGCUGGCUUGAUAACUCGAUGCGUGGUCGCAGAUUUGGGUCUGAAGGAUGAUGUGGACCAAGUGAUACGAGAGAUUCGAGAGGCAGCAUCAGACAUCGACAUAAACCAACUACUCCUAAUUAACAAUGCAGCCUCCCUGGGCGAUGUCUCCCGCUUCGCCAAGAGCUUCACAGAUCUGCACGAGGUGAACGCAUACAUGUCCUUCAACGUGAGCUCGGCCCUCAGCCUCACGGCCAGCGUGCUGGAGGUGUUUCCACGGCGACAGGACCUGCGUCGCUGCGUGGUCAACAUCAGCUCCCUGUGUGCCCUGCAGCCCUUCCCCUCCUGGGUGCUCUACUGCACGGGCAAGGCGGCCAGAGACAUGAUGUUCAAAGUGCUCGCCGAGGAGGAGCCGGACCUCAGGGUGCUCAGCUACGCGCCAGGCCCCCUGGACACAGACAUGCUCCUGCAGGCGCGCACGGAGUCGGGGGACGCCGGCCUGAAGAAGUCCAUUGCGGCGCUGCACUCCCAGGGCGAGGUGCUGACCUGUGAGGAGUCCUGCAGCAAGCUGCUCAAGGUGCUACUGGAGGACGAGUACCCGUCCGGGACGCACCUCGACUACCAUGACGUGUAGAAGAUACACACACGCACACACACACACACACACACACACACACCUUGACUACCAUGACGUGUAGAAGGCACGCACACACACUCACACACACACACACACACACACACGCACCUCGACUACCAAACACACUCACACACACACACACACACACACACCUCGACUACCAUCAUGACGUGUAGAAGGCACGCACACACACUCACACACACACACACGCACCUCGACUACCAAACACACACACACACACGCACCUCGACUACCAUGACGUGUAGAAGGCACACACACGCACAGACACACACACACUCACCUCGACUACCAUGACGUGUAGAAGGCACACGCACACACAAACACACACACAGGCACCUCGACUACCAUGAGGUGUAGAAGGCACACAGACACACACACACUCACCUCGACUACCAUGACGUGUAGAAGGCACACAGACACGCACCUCGACUACCAUGACGUGUAGAAGGCACACGCACACACACGCACACACACACUCACCUCGACUACCAUGACGUGUAGAAGGCACGCACACACACAGACACACACACACACACGCAUGCACGCACAUGCACACAACUCACACACACACACUCACACACACGCACACGCACACGCACAUGCACACACACACGCACAC